AUGAAGGAAAUUUGGUUCGCAGACAGUUGCGAAGAUGAUUCAUCAUCACUCAGACUAAUAGUGAGGGCCUUCGAUUGUCUUUUCACAUUUCAAUGCUCUUUAUUUCGAAUGGAAUUUCAAGUUUUAAACACGUUCAAAGCGUCGGUGUUGAAUAAUUCCGUUUCAUUCAACAAUCGGGCGAAAACUGAGAGCAGAAGAAUUUUUAUGAACACGUCAACCAGCCAACAGCAACAGAAAAUGAUAUAA